GAGACACCCCGGGCACCGAGCUAGUGAGAGAGGGCUUAGCGGCCGCCACACAAAGUCCCCACAUGUGCCGGAGGGGUUGUGAGGAAAGCUGGAGCAGCUGCGGCGGUUUCUGGAUGGAUACCUCCUAUGUGACCAGCGCCAGGCGGCUAAGGAGUACCAACCGUCGUUCUACCUCCUACACCAGCGCCACAUCCAAUAAUGUCCAGAUCCAGGGUUCAAAGGGAGUCGCGCUUCAAGACUCGCUGGUUAGAAGCUUGGACAGUGAGUUAUCUGAGGCAAUCCCACACAAGACAAACUUCCUCCAGGAGCACUCUGUGCUGUAUGAGGAGGCGGAGCAGCCUGAACACAACGGCACCGUAAAGUCACAAGUGGUCACUCCCAGGAAAAGUAAAAGAUGGCCAUCCAGAUUAUUCUCCAUGUUCUGCUGCCUUGUGAUUGUCAGCAUCCUCGCCGUUCUGCUUGUAUUCGCUUAUAUUAUACUGCAAGAAAUGCGCUAUGGAAAAGAGAGUGACGAUGGAGUGAAAACAAGUAUGUUUGGGUUCUGGAGUCUGCUGGUCUUGUCCUUAGUUGCUGGGCUCUCUUGCUGCAGCUUCUCCUGGACUGUCACUUAUUUCGACUCUUUUGAACCAGGAAUGUUUCCCCCGACACCUCUCUCCCCUGCACGCUUCAGGAAAUUGACAGGCCAUUCUUUCCACGUGGGUUACACCAUGGCAAUAUUAAAUGGCGUUGUAGCAGCUCUCACUGUUCUCUGGUGUCUACUCUGAAUGUAUAGAAUGUUCUUCAAGGAUCUCCAUUUUUUUUUUUUUUACUUACAAGGAAUGUCCCCUUUUUUUGGAACUUAUAAUUGACAUCUUUAAAGGGAAUCUGUCACGUGAAUAAAGUGUACAAACUGUCAGCAAUGCUAAAGAGUAGGCACCUUUCCUACAAGUACCUUGCAUCAGACAUUAAAUCUGUUUUGGUGCACCCAAGAAGUAACCCCAAUCUGGGACACCAUAUGGGCUUUGACUCCAAUUUGAAUCUUUUGCCAUUCAACAGUUUAUGCCAAAACCAAAGUUGGUCUGCUCCCACAUUGUAUUGUUAAGUAGUAGUGACACCUAGCUCUAUUGGGUGUUUGAAUUUGACUCUGAACCGCUGAGGGUAAAUGCACAGGACCGAGGAACUCCACAGAGGCACUAAAAAAUGAUUUGUGUGAUUUUAAAAGAUACUCGCAGGCUCCUAUUGGUGCCUGUUCCUUAGAAAAAUAUUUAUUUAUAUUUUUACACUUAAUUUACAUGACAGGUUCACAUUUUUUUCAUUUUGCCAUGUAGUGCCAGGAUAUUUUCCUAAUAGCUGUGUUUUCUUUAAUUUUUUUUGUGCCAUAAUGUUUUAAUAAGGUAAUUUUUAUAGUCCUUUUUUAUUCUGUUUUUAGACCAGCUGUUUUUAUUUUUGGCAAAAAGAUUAUGUUUAAGGUAUUCAUUAAGCAGUACAGGUCACUUUAACACAAAUAACGAUCCUGUCGGCUUCACCCCUGUUCUUUGGGGCAAAAAAAAAUGUAUAAAAUAAUGCAAUCUUUUUGCUCCAGUAUUUUUGCUAUUCUAAGGAAUGUAAUACUUUAAGGCAGGGCAGACAAAUAAUUUAGUUGGUAAAAAGUAAUAAUUACCUUUCCUGUAUCCUCUUUUAUACAUGCUUUUAAAAUAUAUCUACUGUGGCCAAUAAGAAUAUAUAUAUAAAAAAAAAAUACAAUGAAGCAGCUGCAGCCGUGGGGCUGUCCACUAAUUUCUUUAAUAUUCCACAGACUGCUUGUGUAAAUACAACAUUCCAAACA